GCGGCGCCGCGAUGGCGGCCAUGGCAGCGGCGGAGGAGGAGUACGAAGCGGUGCUGUGCGUGAAACCGGCGGUGCACGUCUACCGCGUCCCGCCGCGGGCCUCCAACCGCGGCUACAGAGCUGCAGAGUGGCAGCUGGAGCAGCCGGUGUGGAGCGGCCGCCUGCGCAUCACAGCCAAGGGCAAGACCGCGUUCAUCAAGCUGGAGGACAAAACCUCGGGAGAGCUCUAUGCCCAGGCACCAGUGGAGCAGUUCCCUGGCAUCGCUGUGGAGAGCGUCACCGACUCCAGCAGAUACUUCGUCAUCCGGAUCGAGGAUGGGAACGGCCGCCGGGCGUUCAUCGGCGUCGGCUUUGUCGACCGAGGGGAUGCUUUUGACUUCAAUGUAGCCCUCCAAGACCAUUUUAAGUGGGUGAGGCAGCAGAGUGAGCUGGCCAAACAGGCUGAGAACCCUGAGCAGGGCCCCAAGCUGGAUCUGGGCUUCAAGGAGGGACAAACCAUCAAGCUCAACAUUGCGAACAUGAAGAAAAAAGAAGGAGGGACAGGGAACCCCAGACCACGUCCUGCAGGUCCUGGGGGCCUGAGCUUGCUCCCUCCACCUCCUGGGGGAAAAUCCUCCCCUGCGGUUUGUCCUUCUGCAGCGCGGCCGGCACCGCUCUCAGCACCCACCCAGCUCCCAGGCACCCCCAUCACAGACUCCCUCUUGUGCUGGCCGCAGCCUGCUGCUGCUGCUCCCUCUGCUGCCGCCGCUGACAUCUGGGGAGACUUCACCAAAGCUUCAGGGUCACCUUCUUCCCAGAGUCAGGGAAAUGCAGGCUGGGUUCAGUUCUAACCCAGGCCCCUCAGCUGCUCUCCUCUGGGUGCUGGGAUCAUUGGGAUUCCUUCUGGACCAAAGCAGGGGCUUUGGGAUGCCCCACUCCUGCCCUUAAUCCCCUCCUCUGGUAGCAAAACGCUGCAACAGUGCCAGAGAGCAAAGAAAUCUGUGCCUUAAAACACUCCACACAGCACCCUCCCUCUGGAGGAGCUUUUGUUACCCACCAGGAUCUCAGGAGGCUUCCCCUGGUUGCCUUUGUCACCUCCCCUUGGGCACUGCUCGGAGCAGCAGGACUCUGGCUCACAAUUCAGGGGAUUCUCACUGAAGGUUUAUGCAGGAAGAACCUCCCUGGAGAUGUCACUGCUGGCUAAAUCCUUCCCUGGUGGAGGGAGCAUCCUCCUGGACUCACCUCACAGCUGAGAGCCAGCCUGAGCAUCACCUCAGGGGGGUUUGGAGCACUUAAACCUGCGCCGAGUGGAGCUGCUGCCGCUGGGGGCUGACA